AUGCGCACUGUGGUACCAUACGCUGCUGUACAUAUCCAACUGCAACACAGUUGCAGAAUUCUACCUGUAACAUCAAGUAGACAUCUUCCACAUCAAACAGUUUCAGACGCCUCGGGGCUCUUCCACCUCAUCACCGACAACACCAAGAGCUUCGUCCGUGCAACCAUUAAGUCUUGCAACUCUCAAUUCUCACCGGUAGCACAAGUACUCGUCCAGCAAAACGACACCCCCACAUCGUGAAGCAUCAAGUGUUCAACGGCUUUGAUUUCGAGUGGUGGGGCAGUUGAAGAGAUUAACUUUGUUUCCGAGUGUGGAGCUUUGAGCGCUCCAAGACUGCGGUGCGCACACGUCAAACGUUGAAGGAAGAAGGAAAUUGCUUUGGCGUUGUUGCAAGUGUAUUUCUUUGUUGGUCUCAAGCUCUUAUUUAAUUGAAUCCAACAAUGAACAAUUCCGCAUUUGUGUCUCCUGUCGGAAUCGGUCAGAGAGGUAGUUUUUGUCUACCCAGAGCCACCUGUUUACCGACGCGUCCCGCAAUGCCAAUCCCGGUCCCACAACCAACCUGGCGAAUGAAUGUUAUGUCGCAGACUGUUUUCAAAGAUGCGUUGUUAGCGCGUGUGACGCCAUUGGACUUUGGACGCACAGUUGUCGACGACAAAAAGCAACAAGAAGAUAUUGAAAAUCUCAUUCGUCAAGUGGAAGCAACCAACCCAUCCGCAAGUCCAGGGACGGACCCCAAUCUAAGUGGUGUUUGGGACAUGAUUUACACCACGUCAACUAGUAUUCUUGGCGUUAAGUCCCCUUCGUUUCUGCGUGCAAAGAGAAUUGUCCAGGAAUUGAAUGGCGUGGAACUCACUGCCCGGAACGCAGAGUUCUUCAAAUUUGGGCCGUUAACCGUGGAGAACGCUGUGGAAGCAAAACUCACUCCGACGGCACCAAAUAGAUUCGAUGUUAAUUUCACUCGCUUUGUUAUUGCGCGUUUCAUCAAAGUCAACGUCGAAAAGAAUAACCGCUUCAGGGGGUGGCUGGAGGUCUCCUAUUUAGAUGAAGACCUCAGAAUCUCACGGGGGAACGAAGGCAACGUCUUUGUGCUUGUGAAGAGAGACGAUUAACUUUCGCGCAUAUACCUACACUUCUCUAGUAUCAAAAAUUAUGUAGAUAUCAAAUUGUAUAGAAAGCCCUUUCCGCAGCUACUUACUCAUCUUUACGGGGAAGGUCGGUGUUGAAGUAUGUUGCCCUACGGCAUUGGUUGCCGUAAAGAGAAUUUCCUAUGUCUAAA